AUGCAGUACGUCGUCCUCUCGGCCCUUUCCUGCGGCGAAUGGACGCGGACUCGUAGACCUCGGACCGAUGGAAGAGCAACUGCUGGAGGUGCCGACGGCGCGACGCUGCCGGACCAGACGCUCACGGAGCGCGUGCGACUCGUGGGCGAGAACUGCGUUGCGACGGUGCCCAGUAGCACUGCGCUUGGCACAGAAUGUGGCGACGCGAUGCCGUCGGAAGACGCGGACCCGGACGUGCGCGUAUUGCAGGCUCAGAUGUUGUCGGACACGACGAACAGCCAGCGCCAAGCGCCGGAGCGGUGGCAGCAAGUAGUUCAUCGCACGUACAUCAGCACAACGGCCUUUGUGGACCCGAAGCACGCGAAAGAGGCAAUGCGAGCAUUCAGGACAGCGGCCGCAGUAUUCGCUUGA